UAAGACGUGUUGGUACUUAGAACAUUCCAGCACCCACCAUAAAAGCUGUACCCCAGACCUUUCUAGUACCUUCCAGUUUUCUCCUUCCUCAUGAUCUCUCCCUUUAAAACCCUGAUUUCAACUUCCAAAAUUCCUCAAUCUUAGUUUUCAGCCUUCUGCAGCAACAACCCAUCAUCAUUAUCAUCGUCAUCUGAGAAACCAUGAAGCCAAUCGACGAGAAGAAGGACAAAGUUACGAUUCGAGCCGUUACCCGAGACGAGGAAGGGAAGAAACAUAUCGAAAAAGCUGAAAUCGAAUCUCACAACAUUGACACCAUCAAAUACAUUGAGAAGAAGCUCAUCGACAAGGGAGUUCAGCGCCUCGAACGCCAUCCGGUUCACGGCCACACUGGAAUCGCGCAGCCGCCUCCCAAAUCCGGCCGUGGUGGUAAGUUCACUUGGGAAGGACCUGGCGAUGCGAUUGAGAAUGAGCUCUCGCCUGCUCCGCCUGCCAUUGAUGAGAAGGAUCCGAACUACGUGGAUGAAGUGAAGGAGGAAGAGGAGGAGGUGGCCGGAUUGGUGGUCGGAGAAGUGGAGGUUCCAGCGGCGGCGCCGGAGGGAGUUUCGAGAGUAGAGGUGGAUCCUCAGCUUCAAUUGCAAUGAAAUUGAGGAGCUGUGUUUGAUGAUUGAGUACUUUUGGGUCUUUGUUUCUUCUUUUUUCUUUGUUGUGUGAGAGAUUUUAGAAAACAAACUUCACAAACUUCAUGGAUGGAUUAAAUGUUGUUAUCAAUAAAUAAAUAUAAGAUGGAAAUUGUUCUUCUAAA